UGAUUAGGUCAACCCACACAUCCGGUGUAAAUAGAUCUAAAAUGAUGAGAUCUAUGGAUGUUGUGAAGUCAUGGGUUCAAACCUGUUCACUUCUGAAUGAGCCAAACCGAUACAGAUCUUUCAUGGGUUUAAUCUACAAUCCAUUGAAAACCAGUUUCAAUUACCCAAACUAUCAGUUUUCGCCCACACACAGUCUCACACGAAACCAACCCUUCUCUUAUUCGACCACCAUUUCUGCAAACAUUACAAAACAAGAAGCAAUUACAGAAGCAGAGAAAGCAAAAGAAGAAACCCAAUUCGAUUUCAAGGCUUACAUGGUCCAGAAGGCCAAGUCUGUCAACAAAGCUCUUGACGAGGCUGUUUCGAUCAGAGACCCACCACAGAUCCACCAAGCCAUGCGUUACUCUCUCCUCUCCGGCGGCAAGCGCGUCUCGCCUUUGCUCUGCAUCGCCGCCUGUGAGCUCGUCGGAGGCGAGGAAUCGAAGGCAAUGCCCGCCGCUUGCGCCCUCGAGAUGAUCCACGCCAUGUCGUUGAUUCACGACGACCUCCCAUGUAUGGACAACGACGACCUCCGCCGCGGGAAGCCCACCACCCACAAGGUCUUUGGGGAGGCCGUCGCCAUCCUCGCCGCCGACUCUCUCCUCGCUUUCGCCUUCGAACAUGUUGCCACCGCCACCACUGGGGUCUCACCGGCCAGAAUUGUCAACGCAAUUGGCGAAUUGGGGAAAUCAAUCGGAGCAGAGGGAGUGGUAGCAGGGCAAGUGGUGGAUAUAUCUUCCACCGGAGUGUCCAGUGUUGGGUUAGACCAACUUGAGUUCAUUCACCUACACAAGACCGCCGCAUUGCUGGAGGCCGCAGCGGUGGUCGGGGCGAUCUUGGGUGGCGGUGGUGAUGAGGAAGCUGAGAAAUUGAGGAAGUUCGCGAGGUGUAUUGGGUUGUUGUACCAAGUGGUUGAUGACAUUCUUGAUCUCACCAAGUCGUCGAAAGAGUUGGGGAAGACUGCAGGGAAGGACUUGGUGGCUGAUAAGGUGACAUAUCCGAAGCUGAUGGGUCUCGAAAAAUCGAGGGAAUUUGCAGAGAAGCUGAACAAGGAGGCCAAGGAUCAGCUUGCAGAACUUGAUCCUCACAAAGCAGCUCCUUUGAUUGCUCUGGCUAAUUACAUUGCCCAUAGGCAAAGUUAGUGGAUUGAAGUGUUUGUUAGAUAGAUGAUGAAACUGAAAUGGGGUUUUAGCUCUAGCAUUAAUGUGUUGGAAGUUCUCCCACAAUUAUUGUUGCUUCGAUUUAUAGAGCAUCUAUAUGAGAUUUAACCCAACUUAAGGGGUUGUGAGUGUAAUUUGUUCUAUUAUUUUAUAAUUAUUUUUCUAUUUUUUAAUCAAAAA